GAACAAUUAUGUCGGUGAGUGCGGGCUCUUUCGGACCAUUGUUCGACUUUCUGGCCGUGGUGAAGGCCCAGAUCAUUUGCGCACAGGAGACGAGGAUUGUGGAGUCACGCCUCGGGGAGUUCCAGCACCGCGCCAAGGACCUCGGCUUCCACGGUAUGUGGGCACCAGCCUUGGCGACCAAUGCCAAGGGUCCGCAGGCCAACCACUGUGGGGUUGCAAUUUUGGUGCCCACGAAUGUGAUGAUCACGAAGCCUCCCGAUGGCGACCCCAUUAUUUACCCAGGCAGAGUGGUGGCCAGCUUUGUCAAUUGGGGAGUUCCUGGUGGGGUGAUUGUGGUCAGUGCAUACUUAGUGACAAGCAUCGGCCUGACGGGUGAGAAUCUUUCCAUACUGCGGGCCAUCGCGCAGAGAGUCGUGUUCUGGAAUGCUGCGGGGUUCGACUGGAUAUUAGCAGGUGACUGGAAUUCUGACAUAGCAGCUCUGAAUGCGAGGGGGUGGAUUGAGUCUUUGGCUGGGUUGUCUUACACUCCACCGUCGGCCACGUGCUGCAAGGAUGACGGCAAUUCGAAGAUUGACUACUUCAUUGCUUGCGCAAACUUGUCGUCAAGGCUCGGGACUGCAGUGGUGGGGGACACGUACGGCACAGUACCCCCCCCGCAUUAUCCAGUCAGCAUUGAUAUUCUGGGUGAAGAUAGGUUCCCGUACCCGUGGGAUGCAGUGGAUCAUAUUUUUCUGGAAGUGAGGGAGGUUUCGAAUCUUGCCUUGGUUUGGGACACGGUGCUUGAUGGAGUCGAUUUCGAGUUGGCUGGACGCUAUGACAAGGUUGACAAGGAUGCGAUUCCGUUCGUUGGCAGGUCGGAGCGGGAUCGACUGGGCAGGUUCUGUCAAAGGUUACAGUUGGCUUCUGUGGUCUGCCAGCUUACGCCCCUGCAGUAUACCAAGGUGCUGCAGGCCUUCUACGAGGUGGACCAAUAUUGCCGUAGGAUCGCCCGCGACAAGAAGACAUGCCACCACCUAGAUCAGGACACCGUCGACUUCCUGCUGCGAGGCUUGGGCAUGAUCGGUGACGCCCACUUCGAUUCGGGCCUGGACAGCAUCAUGCUGAAGGCCGAUGCGGUGUUGAAGGCAGCGAGAGGGGUCUCGGAGAAGGCUUGGCGUGGCUGGGCCAAGCAGGCUUUCUUAGGAGGGGCCAGUCUGGCCCAUGCUGCGUCCAAGGUGCGCGGCAAGCAGGAGCAGCUCGAUUUCGACGUGAACGCCCAGCCGUACCUGCUGGCAAACCACACCCUCGAUGUGUGGGAAGGCGUAUGGCGACAUCGCGACCUGUCGCCUCCAGAGCUGCCGCCAGGCCAUGAGAGCUGGCCCGCUCUGCCUGAGCUCGACCACCAGCAAGUGCGGGCUGCCAUUCGCAAGUUUUCGACGCGUACGGCAGCUGGGCCGAGCCGUAUCUCACCCAGAUGUCUGGACGCUCUGUCGGACCAAGCGCUCGAGCGCAUCGCCAAGAUGUUUAUGUUUUUCGAGGAGUGGCUGUCCUG